AGCAGGUUUGUGAGACCAGCAGCCAGAAGAGCAGGAAGAAAGAAGGAGGAGGGAGAGGAUUCAGAGCGAGACAAACAGUGUGGCUGCAGUCAGGAGACACAAACGGAGAGCGAGGAGGAGAUACGGAGAGAAGCGAAGGUUUCCCCUCCUCACCUCACUGACCCAUGAAAGAAGCCAUGCCGGUUCUCACAGCAGGAGCGGGGCUACAUGAAACGUUGGCCCUGCUGACCUCUCAGCUGAGGCCAGAUGCCAAUCACAAAGAGGACAUGGUGUUCCUCAAAGAUGUCUUCAGUGAGAGGAGUUUGGGAUACCUGAUGAAGAUUCACGAGAAGCUGAGACAGUAUGAGAGACAGAGCCCAACACCUGUCCUCCACAGUGCUUCCUCUCUGGCAGAGGAUGUGGCGGAGGAGCUACAGAGUGGUUCGAUGAGCACAGAGGAGAAGGAGCUGCUGAAUUUGCUACUUUCCCCUCAUCUUAAGGCUGUUCUGUCAGUGCAUGACACCGUAGCUCAGAAGAACUUUGACCCUGUUCUGCCACCGCUGCCGGACGACUUUGAGGACGAUCUGGAAGAGGAAUCUGUAAAGAUUGUCAGGCUGGUAAAGAACAAAGAACCUCUGGGAGCCACCAUCAGGCGUGACGAAGCCACUGGAGCAGUGAUAGUGGCUCGGAUAAUGAGGGGAGGUGCAGCUGAUCGAAGUGGUUUGGUGCAUGUAGGAGAUGAGCUGAGGGAGGUGAACGGGGUCUCUGUGAUCCACAAGAGGCCUGAUGAGAUCAGUCAGUUGUUGUCCCAGUCCCAGGGCUCCAUCACUCUAAAGAUAAUCCCCGCUAUUAAAGAGGAGGACCGGCUGAAGGAGAGCAAGGUGUACAUGAGAGCCUUGUUUGACUACAUCCCCUUGGAAGACAAGGCCACACCCUGCCAGGAGGCGGGACUUCCCUUUAAACGGGGAGACAUCAUUCAGGUUGUGACGCAGGAUGACCCCACUUGGUGGCAGGCCAAGCGCGUGGGAGACAGCAACCUGCGUGCUGGACUCAUCCCAUCCAAACAGUUUCAGGAGAGGCGACUGGCCUACAGGAUGAAAAUGGGCACACUCCCGAAUCCAAAAUCCCCUAAAAAGUCUCUCUAUGAUCCAGGAUGUGAUAAAGAGGACUGUGACUGUGAGGGCUAUUUCAAUGGACAGUACAUAGUCUCUCCUAAGUGUAAAGCAGUGGCGCCCUCCUGUGGCCAGGUGUUUUCCUGGGAAUUUUAUUCAGCUGGUUUGCGGAGGAGUUUCCGCCUGAGUCGUAAAGACAGGCAGGGAUCAUCAGGAGAGGGUUCUGAUCCUGGAGAACCAGAGUUCCUGACCUAUGAGGAGGUGACCCGCUAUCAGCAGAGGCCAAAUGAAAGGCCCCGCUUGGUGGUUCUGAUCGUUCCUGAGAGCAGACGUCGUCGCAGUGCAGCCACCUCACCAGGAGGGGGCGAGCAUGGCCGCAUUACAGAUGAAGACCUCCAGGAGAUGCGUCAGUCUGCCAUUCAGAUUGAUCAGCAGUAUGGACACCUAGUGGACCGUGUCCUGAUCAAGGAGGACUCGGCCAGUGCUUGUGCAGAACUGCGAGGUAUUUUGGAGAGGCUGGAGAGAGAGUCCUUCUGGGUGCCUCUCAGCUGGGUGCGGACCUAAGCUUACCAACGCACUCCACAAAUCGUUCCAGAAGAACUUCACAGUCUGUUCACCAAACCCCGCACUGGUCCUCUCCCAGAGAGCUGAUAUUCUUCUCUUCUCUAAAGGCCUGCUGGCCAGCCUUGGAGUCUGCUGAACUUCCUCUACGUAGUCCUCUGAAUGCUACAGGGCUGGUCAGUCAGCCAAAAAUCGAGGCACCAAAGGGAGAGAAUGAUGUCAGAGGAAUACCUCAGUUUUAAAGCAGGUUGGUUAAUUAGCCCAAAAGUCACAGUCUUACUUCCUCAAACAAUCACUAUUUUGUCUUGUCAUAUUUAUUCAGGUUUUGAUUUCAAUUUAUUUAGUUCAAAGACAAGGAUGGAAAUUGUAGUUUUAAAUGGUUGGUACUGCUCUCUUUAAACAGUCCCAUAUUUUUUCAACAGGUUCUCCAAAAGAUUUCCACAGUUUAGGCCACAACAAACAAACAAAACCCCAGAAAACUGUUCAUUGUAUUUCAGCUUAAUAAUAGAUUUAAAAAAAAAUGUAUUUGUUAAGCUUGGAAAUAGUUUAUAAAGUUAGGAGAAGCAAAGUUUUCAUUCAUGCAGAAAUAAACCUUCAGGAAAACAGAAAAUAAAGAUUUACAUAGAGGAAACCUUCCCAACAGUUAUUUUGGCCCCUCGGCCUAAAGGUUUACCCUCUUACAUUGAGUUAAUUUAACAGCCCCUUCUACAUUCACUUUUCCUUCCUCUUAAGUUGGAUAAAUGAAGCUUGCUGCCCACAAGGCUUCCACAGAUAGAAAACAGAGGAAGCCCCGGCAGAUAAUUAGGUGGAUCACAGCUCUACUGUAUAUGACCUCUUAAGAUCUGGCUGUCUUAAAAAAUAGUAAUGAUAAUGAUGAUUUCUUAGAAAGACUGAAAACACGUUUGAUUAGAUGGGACGUGGCUGUGCUGUGUGUCAAGAAUGGUUUAAGUUGGUUUGAAAUGAUUGCAUUUUAGCAGUUAUGUUUAACUAUGGAGAACCAAUGGGGUCAGAUCCGACCCCACUGGUUUACUAGGGAAACCAUGGGGUCAAAUUUGACCCCAUGGGUUCUCCAGGGUUAAAUGAUAGAGUAUGAUUUAUCUUGUAGUUUACUGUGAGGCUGAAAUACAAAAAAAUAAUUCCCAGCACAGGUGACAAUUACAAAGAGACAUCCAAGUUAAUAACAGAUGGCAGAAAUGAAAGAAUGUUUAUCUUUCACAAAUGACUCUUUGAUGCCUGGCACUUCAUAAUUAAACUGCAGGUUUAAUAAAAGUGAUGAAUACUGAUAUCAGCUAAUAGACUUUUUCAUCUUGAAGAAAAUGUGGAGUUUCUCAUUAACAGCAGCUGUUCUGGUAAUUUAUAGCAAACUAGUUACUUUGUUGAAAAUAUGGGACUCGUUAAAAAAAGCAUAGCCCAAAUGUUUUACUCCUCAAACUAUUGCACUUCUAGCUGAGUGUGUCAGGUUUGGUCUCCCACUCAGAGGAUUGCUCAGUCAGUCAGUUUAUUGUGACUCCUGUUGGAGUACCUUUUGGUAGCAUGUUUCUUAAUUUCAAAGCUUUAUUCAACUCAAUGCCAAUUGCAGAAUGCUUCCUGUUUAUUCCUACUGCUCAUGCAUCAUGUAAAGUAUAAUCACACAGUGACCAGAACAAAAUAAAUACACGCAAAGUUAAAUGACUAUCAUUUGACACUAAUGCAUUCUUUUCACGCAAACAAAAACAAAACGAAAUAAUCAAACGGAAUGUGAAAAAAGUAUUUUCUACAAGAGUUUGUUUUUAAGAAAUGCAUGAAAAAAAAACCUGAUCAUUUAACCGCAGUUGUAAAUACUGUAAAAGUUACUCCUCUCGUGCCAACGAAAGAUCUCGUAGCACUUCAAUGCAACCUGUUUACCUUGGAUCCCUGGGAACCCACAUGAGUUUGUGUGUAAAAUGAUGUUGUGCGCAAAGUCUGUGUGGAUGGAUGUCAGAGUGUGUUUACAUGCACCAAUCUGUGAUGCUCCUUUACAUGCAGAAAUGGAUUUUGUAGAGUUUUCUUGCAGAUAUCUGUAUUUUUGACUGCAGAAGUGAUGAGUACUCAUUUGUUUUUUCAUUACUGUUGUAAUGUUGCGCUGAAAGACACUGUGUCCGGAAAAUCUGAAUUAGAAAUGAACCAGUUUUUUUAUCGAGUCAGAAAAUAAGCAGGCUAGCCAUCAUUUCACCUUCUUUACUAUGAUGUCAUUUUCUACUUCAUCUGCUUCAAGUCAUACAAAUCUGAAUUUGACAUUUCACAUAUCAAUAUUUUAUAUAUUAUACUUUGAGCUCUUCCAAUAUAAACACCUAUAUAAAGUCUCAAAUGGAUUUAAUCAGAACGUCAAUGAAAGAAAAGGGUCAAGUUAUUAUUUUAAUUACCAGCACUCAUAAUUUCUCAGCUGUAUUUUAACAUUCCCCUCCACUGGUUGUGAAAACAUCUAGCCCAGUUUUUAAUAGGCAAAAGCAAAAAUCAAUUACUAAGUCUUCCAAAGUAAAUUCUCUUAUAAAAUUACCUGAGCUUAUGAUGAUUUCUGGUAAAACACAAGGCAACUUUGUAAAAGAAAUACUUCAGUAAGCUAACUAAGAGGAUCAAGAACCACAGACUGUACAUAAAAGAUAGACGUAGCCACUGACAAGCAAAGGGAUGGAUAUGACUGAGAACACUAAAGCUUAAAUUACAUCAUGCUUCGUCUUUUUUAAUUCAAAUGUGACCCUAAUCUACAAAAAUGAACAUAAAGAUGUGUUAAUGAAAAUCUGAAACUAAUGACUGAGAGUAUUAAGUAAUAUGAAAACUGUUACAAGCAGUUACGGGGCAGUUUUAUUUGAACUCUAUUGUGCCCCCUCCUUACCAUUAGAAAACAUUCAGGCUCUUUCUCAUUGACUCUUUACGCGAAACAAUUUUCACUUAGAAGGAGAACCAGUGUACAGAAGGGGAAUAACACCCAAAAGCUAUUUGUAUCAUUCUAAGACAGGCCUGAAAAAUAUCAACCUGUCCUUAAAUGACAGAAAAUCAGAAAACCAAUGUGAUUACAAAAAGAAAUGACUGGUUGGAGAAAAUUUCAGAUAAACUGUCACUACUAGACUGGGAUUUGAUUGAAUGUAAGUGUCUGUAUGUGUGGUAAAAAACUAAGCAGCUUCCAGAACCCUUCUGUCUUUUUUUAUGCAAUGAAAUAAUGUUUUUGAUUGUUUUAUGUGCUAUAUGAACCAAGAAACCUAGAAUGUUGAGUUUGUAUCCUGACAUGUACAAAGUGCCAUAAUAAAGCUAGCUGAUUCAAA